AUGCUGGCGUACGAGUUUCUUGCCUUUUUUCUUAUAAUAGGCUGUCUAGCCCAACCCCCAAUUUCAUCAUUGAAAGGUCGCGGUACUUCCGGCAUUGAGCCGUCCACAGUUUCCCAGUUCCCGUUAGGCACCUGGGCUGAAAACAUUGCAGUUCGACAAAACGGUAAUUUGCUGGUCACUCUUCUCACGGCCCCAGAAGUCCAUGAAAUUAUCCCGUCCAAUUCGUUUAGCUCUGCCCGGCUCGCCUUUGCUUUCGAGGGUCAUUCCAAUGUCACUGGAAUCACUGAAGUCAAGGCGGAUGUUUUCGUUGUCUGCGUAGAUGGCGGAUCUCUCUGGGAAUUGAAUUUCAGAGAGGGCGACACCCCUCAUGGCUCUCUAUUAACAAGGAUACCAGAAGCACAGCUCAAUGGACUUGCUACAUUGAACCCCGCGAAUGGGAUUGUUAUCGCCGCCGAUUCCACCAACGGCUGUAUCUGGCGAGUAGAUGUCAAGACUAGAGCCUAUGAGUCCGUUCUUAAGGACGAAACUAUGCAACCGGUGCCGGUGAAUGACGUUCAGCUGGGGAUCAAUGGGUUACAAGUGUUUGGGAACACUGCCUACUACACCAAUACGCCAAAGAAUCUCUUCUGUCGAGUCCAGCUCCAUCCAGUUUCUGGCCGUCCGACUAGCCCUGUUGACAUCAUCAGUGAUAGUGUCGAAGCGGACGAUUUUGCCAUAACUCCGGCUGGAAUUGCAUACUUGGCCAACACAUACCAGAACAAGAUAACAAAGUUCUCGUGGAGGAAUAGCGAAGUUAUUGCCGGAAGCUUGAACUCUAGCUCUAUUCCCAAUCCGACGUCUGCCAUUUUUGGACGAACAGCGAAGGAUAGAAAUGUGCUUUAUGUUACAACUGGAGGUGGCGAAGCAGGGCCCAUUAACGGGACUUUUGUUGAGGGUGGCGCAGUUCUCAGUCUUAGGCUGUGGUGA